AUGUCAGUCGAAACAAUUAGUGAUAGUUUGAAACAAUUGGGAUUAAGUCAACCAGCAGCCAUUGAAGGUACCCACCCUCAAUAUAAUGUGGUUGAUGUCUUUAGAAACUAUAUCGCUGAAGAAUUAAACCGUAUUUCAUCAGUUGACAAAUCUAUUAUCAUUCAAGCUUUGGAUACACCAAAAGUAUUAGAUCAAGGUGAUAUUAUUGUUCCUAUUCCAAAAUUAAGAUUAAAAGGAAUCAAUCCUAAUGAAAAAUCCAAGGAAUGGGCUGAAAAUUUCAAUAAAGGGAAAUUCAUUUCUGAAAUCAAACCUCAAGGAGUGUUUUUACAAUUCUAUUUUGCUAAAACAUUAUUAUAUAAUUUGGUCAUUGAAGAUGUUUUAAAGAGAAAAUCAGAUUAUGGUUACUUACCUUUGGGUGUUGGUAAAAAAGCCAUUGUUGAAUUCUCGUCUCCAAAUAUUGCCAAACCUUUCCAUGCUGGACAUUUAAGAUCUACUAUUAUAGGUGGGUUCAUUUCUAACUUGUACGAAAAAGUUGGUUGGGACGUCACCAGAAUCAAUUAUUUGGGAGAUUGGGGGAAACAAUUUGGUUUGUUAGCUGUUGGUUUUGAAAGAUACGGUGACGAAUCUAAGUUAGCUUCAGAUCCAAUCAACCACUUGUUUGAAGUUUAUGUCAAGAUUAAUCAAGAUGUCACCAAGGAGACAAGUGAAGCCACUGGUGAAACUCCAGCAGAAACCAUUGAUGCUUCUGAACAGGAUGAAAAGAAAAUCCAAUCCUCUACCAAUGAAGAAGCUAGAAGAUUUUUCAGAAGAAUGGAAGAUGGUGAUGAAUCAGCAUUGAAAAUUUGGGCAAGAUUCAGAGAUUUGUCUAUUGAAAAAUAUGUUGACACUUAUGGUCGACUUAAUAUUAAAUAUGAUGUUUAUUCUGGUGAAUCUCAAGUUCCACAAGAGAAAAUGAAAGAAGCUACCAAAUUGUUCGAAGAUAAAGGUUUGAUUGAUAUUGACCGUGGUGCCAAAUUAAUUGACUUGACUAAAUUUAACAAAAAAUUGGGUAAAGCAUUAGUUGAAAAAUCAGAUGGUACUUCCCUUUAUUUGACUCGUGAUGUUGGUGAAGCUAUUAAGCGUUAUGAAACCUACAAGUUUGAUAAGAUGAUUUACGUUAUUGCUGCCCAACAAGAUUUGCAUUGUGCUCAAUUCUUUGAAAUUUUGAAACAAAUGGGAUUCGAAUGGGCCCACAAUUUGGAACAUGUUAACUUUGGUAUGGUCCAAGGUAUGAGUACCAGAAAAGGUACUGUUGUGUUUUUAGAUAACAUUUUACAAGAAACCAAAGAAAAGAUGCACGAAGUUAUGCAGAAAAACGAAGAGAAAUAUGCUCAAAUCGAAGACCCAGAUAAGAUUGCUGAUUUGAUUGGUAUUUCUGCUGUUAUGAUUCAAGAUAUGCAAUCUAAACGUAUUCACAAUUACGAAUUCAAAUGGGACAGAAUGACUUCAUUUGAAGGUGACACUGGUCCAUACUUGCAAUAUGCUCACUCUCGUUUGUGUUCCAUGCAAAGAAAAUCAGGUAUUUCUAUAGAGGAAUUAGAACAUGCCAACUUUGAUUUGUUGGUUGAACCAUGUGCCAGUGCAUUAGCAAGAACUUUAGCGCAAUACCCGGACGUUAUUAAAAAGGCUGUCAAAGGGUUGGAACCAUCCACAAUCGUUACUUAUUUGUUCAGUGUGACACAUAUUGUCUCCCAAUGUUACGAUAUUUUAUGGGUUUCUGGUCAAGAAAAGGAUGUUGCCAUUGCAAGAUUGGCUUUAUAUGAAGCUGCUAGACAAGUUAUAAAUAACGGUAUGACCUUGUUAGGUUUGACUCCAGUUAAUCGUAUGUAA